UGACGCUUGUGACGACUCGACGUCACGUCCUUGUGGGCUGGAGCCUCACGUUACGGUUCGACGUCAGACGUUCAGAGAGCGAAAUUAAUUUGUCAGAAGCGAAGGAAACGGCAGUCGAACAGCAAAAUUCCAACGGAAGAUGGAUCCAAAGGACGACAAGCGAUCCGCGUCAUGCAGCAGCCCUGUUUUUGUGCACAACCCACACCUGGAUGCACUGAAAGAUGACGUCCUCUACCACUUCAGUUUAGGAACCAGAACUCACAACCUACCUGCUAUGUUUGGUGAUGUCAAGUUUGUGUGUGUCGGGGGCAGUCCCUGGAGAAUGAAAUCAUUCAUUGAGUACAUUGCUGCUGAGCUCAGUAUGGAAGACCCUAAGUCAGAGUACCCAAAUAUCUGUGCUGGAACGGACCGCUAUGCGAUGUACAAAGUUGGCCCUGUGCUCUCUGUCAGUCAUGGGAUGGGCAUCCCAUCUAUUGCCAUAAUGUUGCAUGAGCUAAUAAAGCUCCUCCAUCACGCACAUUGCACAGAUGUUACAGUUAUACGCAUUGGGACAUCGGGUGGAAUAGGGCUUGAGCCCGGCACAGUUGUUGUCACUAAACAGUCCGUGGAUGCCACCUUCCUGCCCAAGUUUGAGCAGGUGAUCCUAGGGAAGACUGUGGUGCGCAAUACUGAUCUGGAUCAAAGCCUGGCAGAGGAGCUGUUGCAGUGCAGCAAGGAGCUGAACCAGUUUGAGACGGUGAUAGGCAACACCAUGUGUACACUGGAUUUCUAUGAAGGACAAGCCCGUUUGGAUGGUGCUUUCUGCUCCUACACUGAGAAGGAUAAACAGGACUACCUCAAUAAAGCCAAUGAAGCAGGAGUCUGCAACAUUGAAAUGGAGUCAUCAGUUUUUGCUGCUAUGUGCAAGCUGAGUGGUCUGCGAGCGGCUGUGGUUUGUGUGACAUUACUGAAUCGGCUGAAGGGGGAUCAACUGAGCAGCUCUCAUGAAGUUCUUCAGAGUUAUCAACAACGUCCUCAGAUGCUGGUUGGCCACUACAUUAAGAAGCAACUGAAGGCCAAAGCAGUACGCAGCUAAGGGCAACCAGUUAUUACACUGGUCUGCAAGGAUACUUCAAAUUCUGGUUAUCACAUCUCUUGAAACUUGUAAAACACGGAAAACGUGGUGCAAUACAAUAACUGUGCUUUAAAACAUUUUUUUGUAUACAUUCUUUCCUGCUCACAAGUAGCAAUUCCUGUAAUAUGUCUAGAAUAUUCACUGAAUCUUUAAAUUAAGCACUGCCUUCUAUUUAUCAUUUGACACUUAUUUAGUUGAUUGAUUUGUCAUAAUAAACCGGCAUGCACUAUUUCAUUUUUGUUUCCUCUUGUAUUUAACUUAAAUACAAUUUAACUGAGCGUUAAAUGUUAUGUAGCAGCCUAUCUGUCUUAUUUAAGGCUGCCUCUGUUUUAUACAAUAUGUAAAACUUGAACCACUUCAUGACUUUCAUCUGGAGUAUUUUUUUAAUGCAGAAUGUAUGUUAUGUUUGUUUCAUUCAGAACCUAAAAACUGCAACAAAAUGUCACUCAUUUUGAAAAAAAAUCCACUGGAUCUCUAAUCACUAAUAAAGCCUCAUGCAGACUGAA